AACAAGAAAAUGGUGUCUAAAGAACGUCAAAUGCUGGGCAUCAUCCUGGCAUUGAUUGGAUUUAUUGGGACCAUUAUUAUCUGUGGUUUGCCAGCCUGGAAGAUGUCAGCUUUCAUUGGAGCCAACAUUGUGACUUCUCAAGUCAUUUGGGAAGGCCUUUGGAUGAACUGUGUCAUUGAAAGCACAGGCCAGAUGCAGUGUAAGGUCUAUGACUCUGUUCUUAUCCUUCCUCAGGAUCUACAAGCAGCACGCGCAUUGGUGGUCAUCGCCAUUGUUGCUGGACUCUUUGGAAUAAUUCUAGCUAUAGUUGGUGGGAAAUGCACCAGCUUUGUUCCAAAUGAGAGCUCUUCAGCUAAAAUUGCCAUUGCUAGUGGUGUUGUUUUCAUUGUUGCAGGACUUCUUGUCCUAAUUCCGGUGGCUUGGACCACAAAUGCCAUCAUCAGGGACUUUUACAACCCUGCCCUCGUGGAUGCCCAGAGGAGGGAAUUGGGCGCUUCCCUCUACAUCGGCUGGGCAUCUGCUGGCCUGCUCUUUCUGGGUGGAGGUCUACUCUGUAGCUCUUGUCCACCAAAUGAUGACACUCCCUAUCAUGUAACAUAUUCACCAGCCAAAUCUGUGGACAGCAGCAAAGCUUACGUAUGA